UAGCCUCGCCCACAGCCCUGCCCCCAGCCCCGCCGCUCCCAGGCUCCUCCGGACUCCGCGCAUCCUCCUGGGAUUGUCUAGGAGGGGACCGCGCCGUGCAGAAAGAAGAACUUCCUCCAGUGGGUCUCGGUUGUAGGGAACCAGGCCAGAAAGUCCCAGACAUCUUAAUGAGCUAGAGAUGGCCACGUCUCUAGGUGGCCCAGAGAGGAGGACACAGGUGACGUGGUCUCCCAAGCCCUUGGGCUUUUAUGACUUUGGCACCAGAGAGGCAGCCGGGCAGAGGCGUUCCUGAGCUGCGUUGGGAUCCAGACUGUGCUGCUCGCUACCACGCCAUGGAGGUGGUGCUGCUCUUCCUUUGCGGCCUGCUGGCCCCGGCGGUCCUGGCCAAUGCAGCUGAGCAGGAGAAAGAAAAGGACCCUUUUCAUUACGACUACCAGACCCUGAGGAUCGGGGGACUGGUGUUUGCUGUGGUCCUCUUCUCGGUGGGGAUCCUGCUUAUCCUAAGUCGCAGGUGCAAGUGCAGUUUUAACCAGAAGCCACGGGCUCCGGGGGACGAGGAGGCCCAGGUGGAGAACCUCGUCACUGCAAAUGCAACGGAGCCCCAGAAAGCAGAGAACUGAAGUGCAGCCCUCAGGCACAAAGAACCUGAAGGCAGCUGCUUGAACCUUUAGAUGCAAAUGCUGAUGCUUAAGAAAACCGGCCACUUCAGCAACGGGAUCUUUCCCCGGGAGAAGCCAAGAAUUUGUGUGUCCCCCGCCCUCUCCCCAACCCCUCGACACCUGUCCUCAACUUAAUGAUGCAACCCUUGACUCCCUGCAGCCUGUGGUCUCGUCCACCUCCUGUGACGUGUGUCUGUGUGUGUGUCUGAUGACUGUGGUCUUCGUGGCUGCUUGUUCGUGGAUGACAUUGUAUUUUAGUGAACCUGGCCCCACUUUCCUGGGCAGGAGCUGAGCCACGUGGCUUUCAGCUCGUCUCUGCUCUCCAUGGCCCCAUCACCUUCCACUCCUGGGAGUCUGCUUUGUCCCUAAGAGACCAGUUCCUUCUCUUGAUUUAGGGGUGGAUGGAGGGGUUGGGCACGGGCGGGAGCCUCCGAUUGGCUUGGGACUUGGGAAGGUUUACGUCACCAUCGUGAUCCUUCUACAUGGCCCGUCUUCACUCCUUUUAUAAGAACCUUGCUUCCAUAUUUGUUCCUGGACCAAGUCUGUUCUGAGGUCUCUUGGCAGUGGGAGGUUCCCAGCAAGGAGCUGAUGAGCCCGCUUUGCCCUCGGGCAGCUACACCCCUUCCCAGGUGCCCAUCUGCCCCACCUUACUCCUCCCCUGGGGAACGUGCCCCUUGCAUAUCUUCUCAGCAAUAACCCCGUGGGCUCUGGAACCCUACCCCCU